AUGCCGCCCGCGGCACGGAAACUCCUGGGUGCCGUACUGGUCGCACUCCUGGGAGUGGCUGCGCUGAAUACCUAUCUCCUGAAGUUCCGGGAAGGAAAGCGCGGCACUACGGUCUCGCAUCCAAACCUGGUCUUUAUGAGAGCCAGGGACGGGCGGGAGGUUCUUCUGAUUGGCACCGUGCCCGUGGACCUCGACGAGGAGUCGUCACGCUUGGUGCGAGAUGCCCUGAAUGCUUUGCAGCCAGAGGUUGUGAUGUUGGAGGGCACACCGUUGGCAGGAGUUCAAGCCAUGAUGUCAUCAGGACGUUGGGAGAUGCAAGGCCUUCAAAAGCCCAAUGAUACAGACUGGAUGCACAUGGAUCCUGAGCCUGUAGAAAUUCGAGAAGCGCCGAAGAAACGCCGCUUCUUGCCGUUCCUCUCAGGACCACCCGCCGUGCCAGAGAGAUCCAAGGUGCCGAUGAAGGUCUCGUUUUGGGCCUACCACCUCACUAGCGCGGUGGGCGGAAACAUCGCCGCUGCCGCCAGGGCCAAAGGUGCAGCUUUGGCAGUUGCUGGCUUGGCCACAGCCGCGAGCGUGCGCAAGACACGGAAUCCGCGCCGCUCUAAGGGAUCUGUGAUGGUUGGCAACGCCAAUGCCGCAGAGCCGGAGUCCUACUACCGUGACCACCUGGUGGCUUGCCGUGCGCAACUGAACGGCGUGGAUGCGCCUACCCCUGAGGAGACUGACAAGCACAUGGAAGGCAUCCAAGCCUUUGCCAAGCAGGCCCUUGCUGGCGCCUCGGCCGCCAUGCUUUUCACCAGCUCAAUGGAGGCAGCCGUUGCGUACCCGAUCUUUGCGCAGCAGAACUACGCAAACCCUCGUGAGUACACUGGAAAGAUCGUGUGCGCCAACUGCCAUUUGGCCAGCAAGACUAUCGAUGCGAAGCUUCCCCAGGCAGUACUCCCAGACACCAUCUUCAAGAUGGAGAUCGAAGUGCCUGCCAAGUAUGCCAAGCGCCGCCAGCCUUUGGCUGAUGGCUCCAAGGGCCCCAUGAACAUUGGUGCCAUUGCCGUGAUGCCUGAGGGCUGGAAGUUGGCUCCCAAGGAUCGCCUUCCCAAGCCUUUGAAGAAGGAGAUGAAGGGCCUGGCCUGGGCACCUUACAGCAAGGAGUAUCCCAACAUCGUGGUGGCUGGCCCAGUGCCAGGAGAGACUUACGAGAAGAUGGUCCUCCCAGUGCUCUCACCUGAUCCCAACACUGAUGACAAGAUCCUGUUUGGCAAGGGCAUCUUCUACUUCGGUGGAAAUCGCGGACGUGGACAGGUCUACCCUGAGGGCAAUCAGAGCAACAACAACCAAUUCCUUGCUGCUGCGACCGGCACCAUCUCAGCGAUUGAUGGCCUCAAAGUGAGCAUCACGACCCCCAGCGGAGAGGUCAAGACCCAGGAGUGCUUGAUUGGCGCUGACAUCGUGGUUCAGGUGGGUGACGAGGUCACCAAGGAUGAGCCCAUCACCACAAACCCCAACGUCGGUGGCUUCGGGCAGGAGGAGAAGGAGUGCGUCUUGCAGGACAUGAACCGCGUUUACGCCUACUGCGCCUUCGCAUUUUCCUGCUUCAUUGCCCAGCUCAGCUUUGUACUGAAGAAGAAGCAGUUUGAGAAGGUCCAACUGGCGGAGGGCUUCUGA